GAAUAAAUCUACCGUCUGGCUGUUUUAUUGCCUCUGUCUCUUUCCCUCUGUUUCUGUUUCUAAUUUUCUUCCCCUCUUCCUCUCAUUUCUUCUCUGUCUAUCUUUAAUUCAUUCUCUCUCUCUCUCUCUCCUACACCUUAAUGAAUGUUCCGUUUCCCAGUGGAACCCUGAUUCUGAGUGAGUAGCCAAAGAAAAAUCAUUGGAACAAUUGCUUUCUAUAGUUAACGUUUCAAGCCAUUCAUUUCGUUUUUGUUUAUUUAUUUUGUCUUCAUAGCUCUGUUUUUUUAAGUUGAUUAACUCUCAUCUUUCAUUGAAUUAUUAAACGCAAUAAUGGCUAAUAACAAGUGAAUCAAGGGCGGCGCUUUUGGACAGGAGAGGUGUCUUCCAAUUUCGUUGUUGCUACACCUAACUUAAAACCCUAUUUUGUUGUGUUUUCUUUACUUCUUGUCUUCACCAUUUAACUAAGUUUUUUUUACACUACAAUCAACUAUUCUUAUUAAUUAAACCAACCACUGAUUAUCAUCACCAAAUGUCUAAUAUGAAUGAUCAACUUGACCAUGCACUCGACCUUAUGCGGCGUCUACCGCCUCAACAAAUUGAGAAGAAUCUUUGCGAUUUAAUUGAUCUCGUUCCGAGCUUGUGUGAGGAUCUACUAUCAUCAGUCGAUCAACCUCUCAAAAUUGCAAGGGACAAAAUCACUGGAAAAGACUACCUUCUCUGUGAUUACAAUCGAGAUGGCGAUUCCUAUAGAUCUCCUUGGAGUAAUAGUUAUGAGCCAGAAAUCGAAGAUGGAACUGUGCCUUCAGAAAGGUUAAGACAGAUGGAAAUUGAUGCUAAUGCGGCCUUUGCUCAAUAUCGAGAAAUGUAUUAUGAAGGUGGUAUAUCAUCUGUAUAUCUUUGGGAUCUAGAUCCAGGGUUUCAGGGGUUUGCUGGAGUAAUUUUGAUAAAAAAAAGUGGCAAUGGAUCCAACAAAAUUAAAGGCUGCUGGGAUUCAAUACAUGUUUUUGAAGUCCAGGAAAAGUCUGGUGGAAGAAAUGCCCAUUAUAAACUUACAUCUACUGUAAUGUUAUGGCUACAAACUACUAAACAAGGAUCAGGAACAAUGAAUCUUGGUGGUAGUCUAACUCGUCAGUCAACAAAGGAUUUUACGGUCAACGAUUCGAAUCCACAUAUAGCCAAUAUAGGAAGCAUGGUUGAGGAUAUGGAAAAUAAAAUACGUAACACUCUGAAUGAGAUCUACUUUGGUAAAACCAACAGCAUCGUUAAUGGCCUUAGAUCAGUCAAUUCUUUAUCCGAUCAGAAGCAACAGGAAGCUCUUAGAAUCGAUUUGGCUCAAGCAUUGCAAAAAAGACAAGCCAAAAAUGAUUCCUCCACUUAAUGCAGAUAAUCCCAACAUAACGUUUUUUGUUUACAUUUUUCUGCAACAAAAACAAAAUGUCAAAUUUAUUGUAAUAACUGCUUCUCAUUUUUGGUAACAAUUCAACAAGUAGCAGUAAAUUACCCAAGUCUUUUUACCCUUUUCGCAUAAUAUCGGGCUCCAAUUCGUUAACUGAAAAGUUUAGUUUAUUAAAUCCAAACUCGUCCAUUCAUGUUUCAUUUUAGAUGAAAUUUAAAACACGAAGAGUAAAUUAGCAAACUCUAUGGACAUACAUAUAUGUACAUAUUCAUACUCAUCCAAAUUAUACAUUUUAUUGUUUAAAA